UGCACACUUACUUUUUUCUUCUCCACUUGAUUCCCAAAUGCAGCAAAAUGUUUCUACUGCUCAAAAACAAACCAGCAGUACUAUACCUACUGAAUUUCAAUGGCCAAAAGAUGAUUUAGUCGGUGCCCAACAGGAGCUCAUGGAGCCAGUAGUGGAUCUUGAAUAUUUCCUUAGAGGUGAUGAAGGGGAAACACUAAAAGCUGCUCGUAUCAUCAAGACUGCUUGCCUGAAACAUGGUUUCUUUCAAGUGGUCAAUCAUGGUGUUGAUCUCAAACUUAUCAAAAUGGCAAAUGAUCAUAUGGAUAAUUUCUUUAAGCUUCCAACUUCUCAGAAGCUAAGGGCUAGGAAGAUGCCAGGCAAGAUGUGGGGCUAUUCUAGUGCCCAUGCUGAUCGAUUUUUGUCCAAACUGCCUUGGAAAGAGACAUUAUCUUUUGGAUAUCAUGAAAAUGGUUCGGACCCCGUUGUGUUGAAUUUCUUCAAUUCUACUAUUGGAAAAGAUUUUGAACAGAUGGGGAAGGUAUAUCAAAAAUACUGUGAAGCAAUGAAGGAGUUAUCUCUUUCCCUCAUGGAACUAUUGGCAAUUAGUUUGGGAGUUGACAGACUCCAUUAUAAAAAAUUCUUUGAAGAUAGCUGUUCUGUGAUGAGGUGCAACUUCUACCCAAUUUGUGAAGAGCCAAGUCUUGUUCUUGGGACCGGACCACAUUGUGAUCCAACAACAUUAACCAUUCUUCAUCAAGAUCAAGUUGGAGGCCUAGAAGUUUUCACAAACAAUGAGUGGCAUGCUGUUCCACCUCGUCAUGGUGCCCUAGUUAUCAACGUUGGUGACACCUUUACGGCAUUGUCAAAUGGGAUCUACAAGAGUUGCCUUCACAGGGCAGUGGUUAAUAAGUACGAGGAUAGGAAAUCGUUAGCAUUUUUUCUUUGUCCAAAAGAAGACAAGGUGGUGAGACCCCCUCAAGAUCUUGUUUGUAGAGAAAGGAAAAGGAUGUACCCUGAUUUCACUUGGUCUGAUUUGCUCCACUUCACUCAGGAUUACUAUAGAGCCGACUCUGCCACACUUCAAAACUUCACCAAUUGGCUCCUCAUUUCUUCCAAUUCUUAA